AUGGAUGUCACUCCGACAAACGAGGUUGAACGGGGCUUCACCAUCGGUGUGGUGAUCUUUGCUUUGGUCGGCUUUGCGUAUGUUGUGGGCAGCAUCACAGCAAGCCUUGGCCAACUGCGGGCCAUGUCCGAAGAGGCCUCCAAAGACUUCUGGCAGAUGCGGCGAUUCUUGAACCAGAACUCGGUCGACCAUGUACUGGCUGCCCGAAUCCAACGAUUCGUGGAGUACGCUUAUACCCGGCAGCAGAAAACGAUGUCCAUCAACCAGGUGAAGGUCCUUUCCCUGCUGUCCAAGCAGCUGAUGGAGGAGCUUCAGUCCACCAUCAACCAGCCCCAUAUGAAAGUGCACCCCUUGUUCAAUUUCCUCAACGAGUUCUCGUUCAUUACCAUGAACCGCCUGGCCAAGGAGUCGGUCUCUCACAUGGAGAUGGCACAGGGGGACACACUUUUCCUGCCAGAGCAGCAUGCAACCUGCAUGUACUUUGUGGCGUUUGGUCGUCUUGAGUACGUCCGAACUCUUGAGAGCGGGGAGUGCAAGGAGUAUGUGGACAAGGGUGAGGAUUGGCUUGCUGAGCCGUCGCUGUGGACCGAGAACUGGUACCACGUCGGGGAAGCCAAAGCCCACACCGACUGCGAAGUGCUUCUGAUUGACCCGCAGGCAUUUGAGAACAUUUUGAAUGUUGUAAGACCAGUCGCGAGCAUCGUUGCUCAGUAUUGCAGGCUAUUCAUGGUCUGGCUCGAGAGCUUGGAAGAACAGGAGGGCAUGCUCACUGAUGUGAUACAAGGUGACCAGGUCUCCAGCACCAUCAAAAGCUUUCUGCCUAUGUGGAUGAUAGAGAGGCGCGACGAGGCAGUCCUUCCAGAUCCCGCAGAGCAAGUGCGGCGUAAGUCCAUUACAGUGCGUCUGAAAAAGGGAUUCUCUACCGGCUUCCAGUAUCUGGCUGGUAAGUGA